CGGCGAGGCAGCACGUGCAGCCACUGCGCGGCGCCCAACAUGGCCGCGCACGCCGCUUGUCCCCCGGAUCUUGCCUCCCCAACGAACACCUCCCCCUUCCUUCUCCAACCAAUCACCUCCUCCCGUCGUCGUGCCGCCGUGUGCCGUGUAGCGCCCCGUCCUCCCUCCCGAUCCUCUCCCCCACCUCUCCUCUCCAUAAUAUAUACUCGCGUGAUGCCCACACAGCGCCAUGAUUAGGUCUCGCUGCUGCUGCUGCUGGCCUGCUGCUGCUGCUGCUGCGAACUAGGAGCUCCUUCCGUUAAAGUAUUAUCCCCUUUCUGAAGUCUGAACAGAUUGCCCAUCCUUCCUGAAGCUAGCAGCGCCUUCGUCCAUACUCCAUAUAAACCGUGCCCCCUGCGUACAGAUCAGCCUGCUGUUGAUUUGGCCUGGCCAGUCAGUGGCGCCGGCCAGACAGAGCUGAGAGCACUCUUCUUCUCUAUCCUACCCCUCUCCGCCGGCAGAGGCUUGGCCGCUAGCUUCCGCGCGUGCUUGUAUGGGUUCUUGGGUGCGCACCAUCACGACGCCGUUCCGGAAAGCCUGCAACGUCUUGGCCCCGCAGAAGGACGGCAAGAAGCUGCAGGAGCCGAACUCAUCAGCUAUGGUGGAGCACGUCGACGCCGAGAGAGCCAAGCUCCACGGGGAGGUGAUGGCGUGCGCCUACGAGGACGUGCAGGUCAUGUGGUCCAUGCUCGACCAGGCCAGGAUCCGGGGCCUCAGUGGCAGCUCGUGACCUCGCGCCACCAAUCGUCCGUUAAGGCAUUAUUCCUAGGGAGCCGCAUGGAUGGACAUGGAGUACAUAGCAAAAUAUCUUCCCCCUCACCAAAAAAACAUUCCGGGGCCACAUGCUUUCUUGGAGCUUGAAGAUGAUGGAUCAUCCGAGCUAUUUUUAUCUGGAGUAGCUAUUUGCCGUUUGCGCAGAUCUCAUCAGUCAAUCCCUGAAACUGAGUCCAUUUUGUACGUAGCUAGAUUUAGCUUUGCUUUAGUUUUGGAGGUUGCUGUGAACAGGUUGAGUUUGAAUCCCCACAGGCACUCUGCUCUUUAAAAGUGCUUGGUUUGGAGAGAUGUACGUCACCACCCAUUGGGAUCCCGCUCGUUGCAUUC